AACUCGACGGAAGUCGUCAAUGGGCGGGCGUCGCGAGCCCUAGCCGCUGCCAACAUCGUCGGCGGAGCACUUCUCUACUGCUGCUGCAGGCCGCAACCUCCCUUGCCCGAAGCCAAAGAGACGUUUUAUUUGCCACCUCAAGUAUCUACCUUCGAAUAAUUAGUUUAAGCUUGCACAAUUGGAGGAAGAUGGCGGAUGAAAGCUACUUGAGGACAUGGGUCUCAGAUAAGCUUAUGUCUUUGAUGGGUUACUCCAAGGGUGUAGUUGUUCAGUAUGUCAUUAGAUUAUCUAAAGAGUCACCCUCGCCUGCCGAUCUUAUGUGUAAACUCGUAGAGUUUGGGUUUUCUUCGUCAACAGAAACUCGCUCCUUUGCUGAAGAGAUAUAUGCAAAAGUUCCACAUAAGAAGACUGGUCCUAGCAAUUAUCAGAAAGCUGAAAAGGAAGCAACUCAAUUUGCAAAAAAACAGAGGAGCUACAAACUUCUGGAUGCUGAUGAUGAGGACAUAGACAGCCAUGCACCAGCCAAUCAUGUAGAUUCUCAGAUGGAGAAAGUGGGUUCUCACCGAAAGCGCUUUAGAAAGAAGAGCCAGACCGAUGAUGUUGAAGAUGAUGAGGUUAUUAGACAAGAAGGGAAUGACCGACAGGUUCGAAGUCGUACAUCAAAGGUAGAUGAAGAUGAUGAUGAGGUUGAGUCAGAAGAAGAGAGAAGACGUGAUCAAGAAGAAAGAGCACAAUUGGAGAAGAAUAUCAGAGAAAGAGAUGCAGCGGGGACUCGGAAGCUGACAGAGCCAAAGUUAACCAAGGAGGAGGAAGAGGAUCAGAUUCGGAGGUUCAAGGCUCUGGAGGAUGAUGAUACUUCAGAAUUAAGGAAAGUUUCAAGGCAGGUAUAUUUGCAGAAAAGAAGGGACCAGAAGCUUGUGGAACUACGGGAUGAAAUUAUUGACCAUGAUUAUAUUUUUGAGGGUGUAAAGUUGACUGAAGCAGAAGAACGUGAACUCAGGUACAAAAAGAAAAUUUAUGAACUUGCAUCAGAGCACUUAGAGGAUGUGGAUAACAUCAAUGAGUAUAGAAUGCCUGAGGCAUAUGACCACGAAGGUGGUGUAAAUCAAGAGAGAAGAUUUGCGGCAGCUAUGCUGCGAUACAGGGAUGCUGGUGCUGGAGACAAGAUGGACCCCUUUGCUGAACAGGAAGAAUGGGAAAACUAUCAAAGUGGGAAGGCAAAUUUAAAGUAUGGUUCGAAGGACAAAAAGCAAGCUUCAGCUGACUAUCAGUAUGUCUUUGAAGAUGGUGUUGACUUCAUCAAGGAGUCCAUUAUGGAUGGUGUCAAUUAUAAAGAUGAGAUGCCUUCUGAGGAUCCUGAUGAUUCAAUUGCAAAAACUGCGUUGCAUAAACUUAAAGAAGAGAGAAAGACUUUGCCAAUCUAUCCAUACCGGGAACAACUGCUUCAGGCAGUUCAAGAUCAUCAGGUUCUUGUCAUUGUUGGAGAAACAGGUUCUGGUAAAACGACUCAAAUACCCCAAUAUUUACAUGAGGCUGGAUAUACAAAACGGGGACAGGUUGGUUGCACUCAGCCACGCCGUGUUGCAGCCAUGAGUGUGGCUGCAAGGGUUUCCCAGGAGAUGGGAGUCAAACUUGGUCAUGAGGUUGGUUAUUCUAUUCGUUUUGAAGAUUGCACAUCAGAGAAAACUAUAAUGAAAUAUAUGACUGACGGGAUGUUGCUUCGGGAAUUUCUUAGUGAACCUGACUUAGCUAGUUACAGUGUUAUCAUGGUGGACGAGGCGCAUGAGAGAACAUUGUCAACAGACAUUUUGUUUGGUUUGGUAAAGGAUAUAUCUCGCUUCCGGAAAGAUCUUAAGUUGCUUAUAUCAAGUGCAACACUUGAUGCUGAGAAGUUCAGUGAUUAUUUUGACUCGGCCCCAAUUUUCAAAAUACCUGGGAGGCGAUAUCCUGUUGAGAUUCACUUCACAACAGCACCAGAAGCAGACUAUAUUGAUGCUGCCAUUGUCACAGUUCUUCAGAUACAUGUGACACAACCACCUGGAGAUAUUCUUGUAUUUCUCACAGGCCAGGAGGAAAUCGAAACGAUUGAUGAGAUUCUUAAGCAUAGGACAAGGGGUUUGGGUACAAAGAUAGCAGAACUAAUAAUAUGCCCAAUCUAUGCGAAUCUUCCAACUGAGCUUCAAGCAAAAAUAUUUGAACCUACUCCAGAAGGUGCUCGUAAGGUUGUGUUGGCUACUAAUAUAGCAGAAACAUCACUCACAAUUGAUGGGAUAAAGUAUGUUGUUGAUCCAGGCUUUUGUAAGAUAAAGUCCUUUAAUCCACGAACUGGUAUGGAAUCAUUGUUAGUGAAUCCAAUCUCAAAAGCAUCAGCAAUGCAAAGGGCUGGGCGGUCUGGACGUACUGGGCCUGGAAAGUGUUUUCGUCUUUAUACUGCAUAUAAUUUUCAGAAUGAUCUUGAUGAUAAUGCUGUACCAGAAAUACAGAGAACCAACCUUGCAAAUGUCGUCCUUACACUGAAAAGUCUGGGUAUCAAUGACUUGGUUAAUUUUGAUUUUAUGGAUCCUCCCCCCUCAGAGGCAUUACUAAAGGCUCUUGAACAACUUUAUGCUCUUAAUGCAUUAAACAGCCGUGGUGAAUUGACCAAGACUGGAAGAAGGAUGGCAGAGUUUCCACUAGACCCUAUGCUCUCCAAAAUGAUAGUGGCUUCAGAAAAAUACAAGUGCUCCGAGGAGGUUAUAUCCAUCUCCUCAAUGUUGUCUGUUGGUAAUUCAAUUUUCUAUCGUCCAAAAGAUAAACAAGUGCAUGCAGAUAAUGCGAGGAUGAAUUUUCACACUGGGAAUGUUGGGGAUCACAUUGCUUUGCUAAAUGUGUACAAUUCGUGGAAGGAAACUAACUACUCUACUCAGUGGUGCUAUGAAAAUUAUAUUCAGGUUCGCAGCAUGAAACGGGCAAGAGAUAUCAGAGAUCAGUUGGAGGGCCUCUUGGAAAGGGUUGAGAUAGAGCCAACUUCAAAUUUGAGCGACCUGGAUGCAGUAAAAAAGGCAAUUACAUCAGGUUUUUUCCAUCAUUCAGCAAAGCUGCAAAAAACUGGGGCUUACAAAACUGUGAAAAAUCCUCAAACAGUGUACAUUCAUCCGAGUUCUGGUCUAGCUGAGGUGCUACCACGGUGGGUCAUAUACCAUGAACUUGUCCUUACCACAAAAGAAUACAUGAGACAGGUUAUAGAAUUGAAACCAGAGUGGCUGAUUGAAAUAGCACCUCAUUUUUACCAAAUGAAGGAUGUUGAGGAUGCAGCUGCCACAAAGAAAUUGCCUCGAGGGAAAGGAAGGGCUGCGGACUAAAUAAUCAUAGUUGAGUGGCGUAUCAUUCAACCAAAAGGGAAACUCAAACUUCUUUUUCGGAUGGUUUUCCUGCUAGUUUGUUUGGUUCGCCGUCACAUAUGUUGCAAGAGAACAAUAGUUGAUGCUUCCAUCUUAUAGAGGCGAUAAUUCAGCCUCCGAUUUAUGGAUGUAUACUUGUGUGUUGUACAUAGUGAUACAAAAGUCAUACUUCGAACAGUUAUCACUACGAUAAACUGCUCAUCGAGUGAUCAGGCUGUUUUAGAGCUCUUGCAUCGUUUGCACUGGAUUGAUCUAUAGUUGCAGCCUGUGGAAGUUAAAAAGACCAACGGGAUGCAGAGAGGCAGGUGAUUACUUGAUUGGUCUAGAUAUGCUUUACGCAGCCUCUUUUAAACAAUGUUCAUCUGUACAAUGAUUCGAAAACCCUCAUUUAUGUGAUAGUUUACUUAAAUCCACUGAUUAGUAUUAGUAUUUGAUUUUGAAGGAUGUAUGAACCUUGGUUGUAAUACUGAUUGCAGAAAUUUCAGUGUCUCAGUUUAUGCGACAA